AUGAGUCUUGUGCGCCUGGCAUAUCAUACAAUCGCAGAAUCCACAGAGGCGGACUUUAUCCUCUACGGGAACUUUAUCCUGCCAGAUUCCAGGGACGUUUUGAUUGUUAAGGAUCGUAAAAUCCUCCUAUAUACACUGGUGUCCAAGAACAAACACCAGGGAGCAACAAAAGAGACGUCCCCGAAGAUAAAGACACAAGAGGAAAGUAAUAACGCCACUUCUGGGCCAGAAUCAAACGAUAAAGGCAGUAGCUGCACAAAUACAGAGUCAAAAGAACCUAAAAAGGGAGGUAAAACCACUCAGAAAGGAACCAAACGGAAGAGAAAUCAACAAACUGUGCAGGAUGAUACAGAAGCCCCUAAAGGCAGCAAGGAUGUAGAAAGUACGGAAUCUAACACAGAGAAGAAGGAGGAUGUGGAAAAGGAUGAAAGAGACUCUGCCAUAUUUGUCUGUCAAUUCUCAUUUUUCGGAGCUCCAGUUGCUGUAAAAAUUCUAAAGGAUGCGGUAUUCCAUGAAUAUCAAGCGUACGAAGAAGUAAAGGUUGGAUCUGGCUCCAAAACUACCAAUGCUUCUAGCACAGAAUCUACUACAAAGAAGGGUGGAAAGAAGGCUACUAAAAAGGCAAAACAGGCUGAAUAUGUGCAAAAAUACAAGGAAGGUUUGUUAAAUACUGAGGAUACUCUAGAACAUAAGGAAAAAAUAUUGGCAACGAGUGCACUAAUUCUAGUCUUUGAGUCCGGUCAUGUUGUAACGUGUGCAUAUGAUCGUUUUGAGAAUACGUUUGUGACGUUAUCGAUGCACAUUUUAGCUGAAAAUGAAGAAGAUACAGGUGAUUUUUCUGCGGUUUCUCGUGGAAACCUGGUUACGGAUACGUUUAUUUCCAUACAUGUUGGAAAUGAAUGGAGUCUACAAAAUGUACAUACAGCCUCCUCUAGUGAUCCACCAUCGGAAUGUAGGCUUGGAACUUUUUGCAGGCAAUUUAUAAUAGCUAUAUGUUAUGACGGAAGAGUAAUAAACAUUUUCUCCCUGCAAACUCAAUUUACUAGGCCACUUAAUAUCAAGAGCUUUAAGCAGCCUGAGAUAUUCAAAACUAUUCCAGUUGACUCUACAGAGAGAAAACAUAUAGCUCUUGUUCCAUGGCUUCAGAUUUCAAAAUUCUAUACCAUCGAUGUAGAUUACAAAUUUGGUCUCUGUGAUAAUACGUACUUUGUACGUGGGUUGGACUUUUCUACUGAUGUAUUUUGUAUUUUAAUCGCCACAUCAAGUGAAACAAUAGCAACUCAUGAAACCCUAGAUGAUACAGACAUAAUAGGUGGGAUGAGCCUUGUAUGUCUUAAUUUUGAUGUGCAUACAAUGCAGUACAAUGUUAUCCACAGAGUUGACGCCCUUCCACUCGAUAUUCAGGGUAUACAUGCGUACAAUUACAAAGAUGCUACUAUCAGUUAUUUAAAAUCGUCUGGUGGGACAAAUGGGAUAGAAUCAUCAAAAAUUUGCGAUGUAUGCACGCCCUUUGUCUACAAUAGGGAUACAAUUAUAUGGUUCAACACAUUUGAAACUGCAGUUUAUUGGCAAUUUUUGUCACCCACGGCAUUUCUCGCUCCAAAUGUCUGUGAACAUGCGAAUCUUAGAAAUAAGUAUGUCUAUAGGGAUUCUACGCACUUACGCAUCGAUCUUGACGAUUAUCACUUUUGCAAUUUUACACUCAUUCCAAAGUCUGGCGGACAUUUGUACGUCGGAAGACCGAUUAUUCAUGCCAAAAGAGGGAUGAUCGACAUUGUUUGGGAAAAGUUUGGUGAAGUAGAACAUCCUAUAUCCACAUGCAUAGAAACUGAAGUUGGAUUUGUGGCAUCGGGAAAUGGAAUUGAACUUUCAAUAUAUACACAUGAACGCAGAGAAUUUACCCUUGUUUCAAUGGACCCUUCCGCGGUACAAGAAGAAAAUUCGGUGGAAUUGGCCAAAGUUGGAGCUUCUGAAGAGAAUGAUUCAGAGGUUAAAAAUAUUUUACCGGGGAAAUUACAACAUAUCUAUACCGUAAAUCUACCAGAUAUCCCACUGAGCAUAACAUUCAGCACUACUCCUGAGGGACAAAAGUUGAAAAAUAGCUUCACAAACGUUUCUCCAGUAACUUGUAAAUUUUUACUGGAAAAUAUAGGAAUACUAAAGGAAGUAAAAAAUACGACACUUGCGGAACACAGUACCCUUGAAGAUUUCCUAUCCUCAGAGACUACACAAACUCCAAACGUAACUUCCACAGUGCCAGAUACACCUGCAAAAGUUAAAAGAAGGAGGAAAAAGGUAUACACUUUACCGUAUGAAAAACAGCUGGAAGAAUUGCGUAAGUUGGAUGUUACUAGGGGAAGACAAGCACUAGUUGGAGUAUCUGGACAAUAUUUGACCGUGUUGUUGGAAAAGGUUCCUCUUUUGGUUCUUUAUAAGAUGAAAAUAGAAAGUGGUGCUAGAAUUAUCGGAUUUGGUGAAAAAUGUCUGCUCACAUGGGAAUCUGGUUCUUCUAUAAUCGAUGUUCAUGCUCCCACGAAAAAGAUCGAAUCAGACCAAGUAAUACCACUGGAUACAAGUUUAUCGACUGUAGCAUAUGGGAUACUCAAAAAUGGAACAUUUUGUCAAGUAACUCCUGAAGCUAUCCUACUAACAAAGGAUGGAAAGAGCAAAAGUCAUAAUGCAAAGUCCACGAUAUUCCAGGCACAUUUUAUAGACUCUAGCAUAGUGUGCUUGUCUUAUGAUCAGAAACUUGUAGUAUACAAGGUAGAAAAGCUGGGACUUUCUGUGCAUGUAGAGUAUACCAAUGUAGUAUCUUGCGGAGUUUAUAUUCCAACGAGGCUUGGUAGCGUAUGGAAGGACUCUUUUACAUUUGUGCAAAAUGAUUCACUCUACUGUGUAGAACUCGUCUCACUAAAACAUGUGGUCACCUUGCAUAACUUGCUAAAUGUUGAUGAGAUAUUGGACAAUGAUCAUAAAGAGAGUGAGGAUGCUGAUGGCGUUGUAAAAGAAGAGGCUAUAAUCAGUGCAACAUUAGUUGAUGUAUCUGUGGAGGAUAUUGGACCAACGUUACUCUUGUUCAUUACUGGAAGACCACUGAUAGUAUAUCGCUCAUUUUUUGUGGAUGAAUCAAUCAGAUUUAAACUUCAUCUCCACAAAUUCGUAACCCCAAUACCCAGCUCUCUACAUGUUGGUGAGACAAGGGUAAAUUGUACAUACAGGUGCGCAUACAACCCUGUACAUAUAUCCAGAAAUUCUUCUAAACAAUCAUCCGAUCACAUCACUAUAGUGUAUCCGUACUGCACUCCAAAAGAUAUGGUUAUUGAAUCUAAUGAGAUGGAGAAUGAAGCGCACUCAUCAAUAUUUGAGAGAAGAUGGAACCAAUUUGUUCCACCUAUGCUCAGGUUAUCGAGUGUAUUAAAUAGGCUAUACAUUCACAAGUAUGAUACUCCCUCUGGAAUAACCUCUGCCUAUACAUUAUCUUCUCUCGUACUAAUGACUACUACGGAUGGGAAUAUUGUUGUUUCUAGGAAUGAAAAUGAGCAAACUGACUUCUUAGUAACGCUAAAUGGAGGAAUUAAAAGAAGUGGAAGUGAACAAACUAGUGUUUCCACAAGCGACAAAGACAUUUAUAUGGAAGAUGUAAGUGCGAAUGCAGAGAGUAAGGAUGUAACUGUGGAAAGUCCGCAAGAGGAACCUGUCACCGCAAACACUGACCAAAAUGAUAAGGGCAGCACAGAAGAUAAAGAAAAUUCUGCACCUGUAAAUCCAUUCUUUGAUCCACAAUUUUGUACAAUUGUAAAUAAUCAAGAUGAAAUUAAAUUACACAUAAAGGGUGAUUCUGAAAGACUAAUUUUCAAUGGAGAAUUGAUAUCUAAAAGGUUUAAACUGAAAGAAAGGGAGGCCACGAUAACCGCAGUGUCUGGAAGAGACUAUUUACUUCAAAAUGGACGUAUUAUACACCAGGGAGGUACCUCAAAAGAAUCGCAGGGUGGACUAUCUGGAAAGCUCUUUGCUGUUGUUGUAAAGCGUAGGAUGAAUGCUAAAAGGGAACUUAUGAAUAUUUUGGAUCACAGGUUUAGGCUGCAAUUUAAGCAUAUUGCCCUGGAUCCAAUUUACUCUGGAGCAAAUCCAAUGGAAAAAAUUGAAGCAAAUAGAGAGCUAGAGCUGUUUUUGCAGACAUACCAGGUAUUGGAUUGGAAAAUUGACCAAAAUGGACAUAUCACCGGAAAGGUAGAUACUGAAUCAAUUACAUCUACAGGUUUAUCUGGUGAAGAAUAUAGAGAUUAUGUUUUAUUAUUUCACAUGGGUGACUUAAGCUUCUGGUAUGCAGAAUAUGAAUUGGAAGCAUAUGAAGUCGUUCUAUCAAUGACAUUUGGGGUUAUUGAUAACGUGGAAUAUCUCCUCAUUGGUACAUGCACUAGUUUAGGGGAACAUAUUGAAACGAAGGGAGAAGUCAUUAUAUUAUCCCUGUCUUCAAAUAGUCUCUAUACAAAACCAUUGAUAAAAACCGAGGAUGCAGUAAGAGAAGGGGACACAGAUGAAGUUAUUUGCAAUCCAGCUCAAAAGUGUCACAAAAUGGAUAUAUAUUGCAAGAGGAGAUUUUCUGGGCCAAUAACAUUCUUGUCAGCUCUAAAUAGUGAUUUUGAUGUCUUGUUUGGAGCGCAGUUUGAUUUCUUGAGUGAUCUUGAGAGCGCAGAAGCUAGUCAGAAUAAAAAGUGGAUUUUAAAUCAUUUUAUGCCAAACUCAAAUCACUUUGUGCAUUCAGUCGGUUCAAAUAUAUUUGUUCACGAAAUAACAAACAAGACUUUUGUAAGGGGUGCAUUUGCAGAGACACCAAUCUGCAUUUCCUCGGGUUGUAUUUUUAACAAGUUUAUAAUCUUGGGAGAUAUUUUCAAAGGGGUAUACUUCUACAUGUACUGUCACGAUGUAUCAAGUGACUCUAGAAGUAUAUGUAAAAUUGCCUCCACAUCUCCUAAAGCCGCACUUUCAAUCGUUGCAUGCGCACCUCUCGUUAACCAGGAAAGUAUCGCAAUAUUAGCAUCUGAUUUCGAUGGAAAUCUCCUUGUAUUUUCACACAAUCAUGAUGAAAAUCACAGGGACAAGCUAAAUGUGGAAUCCGCUGUACGGUUAGAAAACAGAGUUGUACAAUUCGUAAGAAGGGAAACAAAUGCUGGAAAGCUUGGAGAGCCAAUUGGUGUAUUUGGAUGGACUGCAAGUGGAAGUCUAAUAAAGGCAUUUAUGCCAGAUUAUAAAAACUUUCAACUCUUUAAGAUGUUGGAGAAUGCAUUAGACUCUGUGACGAUAAAGCCACUCGGAAUUAUGCAUCAAACAUUCUCAUCUCCAGCUUUAAGACCUCAAAUGCAGCAAACACAGCUCACAUGGCCAACUGAAGCAGAUAUUUUGGUCUUGGAUAUCCUUGACACGCUACCAUUUCAACCUGCAAGUGUGAUACAUGAUGUCAUGUCGAAAAUUUCCGCCGAAGAUAUUAGCGUAUAUGGCGUUUUAAAACUUAUGGAUUCCACACUAUUUUCAUUAUAA